AUGGCUAUUCAUUUAAGUCUUCGGGUAGCACCACUAGAUCUUCAACAAGGUGGAAAUUCUCGUAUUCCCUAUGUACAUGUUCCUGCGGCUCGGAUGAGUAUUCUUGUUUAUAUCGCUACGGCUAUAAACACUUUCUUGUUCCUAUUAACAAAACACCCCCUUUUUCUUCGCUCUUCCGGAACCGGUACAGAAAUGGGUGCUUUUUUUACGUUGUUUACCUUAGUUACUGGAGGGUUUCGGGGAAGACCUAUGUGGGGCACCUUUUGGGUGUGGGAUGCUCGUUUAACCUCUGUAUUCAUCUCGUUCUUUAUUUACCUGGGUGCACUGCGUUUUCAAAAGCUUCCUGUCGAACCGGCUUCUAUUUCAAUCUGUGCUGGACCGAUCGAUAUACCAAUAAUCAAGUCUUCAGUCAACUGGUGGAAUACAUCGCAUCAACCUGGGAGCAUUAGCCGAUCUGAAAACCCUGCCGAGAAUCGAGAGGCGGGAGGGCACCGAAGCUACCACCAGACUAGCGAAAGGUUUCCCGACGAGGAGAAAGAUGAGCGAAUGGAAUGA